CGCUCUUCCACAACCUUUCACGCUUCUGGCACCUGUAAAAUGGGACCUCGUGGUGACCCAACUGCUGUCGUUGAUCCCAAAUUAAAGGUGAUUGGUAUUUCAGGAUUACGAGUAGUAGAUGCAUCCAUCAUGCCCGAAAUAGUAUCGGCACACACAAACAUACCUGUUUAUAUGAUUGCCGAAAAAGCAGCAGACAUGAUCAAAGAAUAUUGGGGAGACUUGGAGAAGUUGCAAUAGUGAUAAAGUAUUUUUAUUAGCAUUUUACUAUGCAGCAAUGUUAUAAACACAGAAAUUCCAUGUAUUGUUUGUAAUGUAUUUUUUGAAAAGUAAUUAAUAUUUAAGAAUGAGUUGAGUCAAGUAUUUGUUGAUUUUAUAAGUCCAAGAAAUAAAAAAAAUGCUUAUAAAA